AUGACUUGGACCAGGAAGGAUGCGAACCAAGAAUUUCAGUCCAAACAGUUCCAGAUCCAGUUAACACAAAAUGAAAGGAGGAGGACAACUUGUCCUCUUCCUCCUCCUAGUCCUAGACAGACUCGCCAAAUCAAGGUGGAAAAAGUUAAGGAGAAAGCAAGCGCCCUGUUGAAGAGAAGGAAGACGACUGCCAUGGCCAACAAGGCUGCUGACAGGUACCACAGUGACCCGGAUUAUCGAUUCUUGCACGACCGGGUUUCUGAUCUUAUGGCAGAGUGCUUGAAGCAUGAUAUCCAACAAUUCAACCAGCAUCAGCAGCAGCGUCGUGAGCAAGAGCAAGACCAAAAGAAAAAGAAGAUGAAGAAGUUGGAGUUCAACAUAACCGAUGCGGCUGAUUGCUUCCGAUUCGUGCCGGCCCCUAUGGACCAACUGCUGUAUGAAACCGUUGCGAGGAAUGUUUUCUCGCCAGGAGAAUUAGAAUCAGAAUUUUCGAACCCAAUGUCUCUGCGGCGGCGGCUGCGGAAAGAGAUUUUGGUGCCCUGGAGACAAGCCUUGGCGCCAGCCGACGAAGAAGGUGCCAACAAGUGGGGUUAUUAUCAACGUCUGGUGUACGACGGAGAGCCCGAUGUCUCUGAUGUACUCUCUGCCUCUGCGGCUCGCAAGUAUAUGGUGGCGCUGAAAAAAGCCAUUGCCGCCGCCGAGUCCAAGUAUGAGUCCGUGUCCGAGAACAUGAUUAAUGCCGGUGCUGUGCUUCCACACUGCAUCGUACGCUACGCCGUGGACAAAAGUGGUGGAUUCGAGCGAGCGGCUGAGCUUCAGUGGAAGAGAAUGCUGGAGGACGUGUACAAAAAGCAGGGGAGGCUGAACAACUGCUUGGCUGUUUGUGACGUUGCGGCGUCGGAGUCGGUGGCUCUGGGAAUGUUUGUGUCUCAACUGAGCCAAGGGCUGUGGGAAGGAAAGGUGGUGAGUCACACCCAAAACCCUCAGCUGCAUUUGGUACGAGGCGAAGAUCUCAAGUCCAAGUUCAGCUUUAUGCACAGUUUGGAGGAGCGUCAGGACUGGGAGGUUGAUCUGGGGAAGGUGUAUGAUUUGAUUCUGGAAGUGGCGGUGAAUGAGAAUGUGAAGGCAGAACAGAUGGUGAGGAAAGUCUUUGUGUUCACCUGCUUCAAACACUUCAGUGCCGGCUGCUGGAAGCCUCGCGGCGGAGAUUAUGAGGAAAUACAGAGGAAGUUUGAGGAGAAGGGGUAUGCCGUACCGCACUUGGUGAUUUGGAAUCUCCUCAGUGUGCGGUAUGCGCCGCUGCGUACAGGAGAGCCAGGGGUGACGUUGUUGGGUGGUUUCUCCGACGCAAUGCUCAAGUCCUUCUUGGAGAAUGACGGUGAACUUAGCCCCGAGCAGGUCAUGGAAUUAGCCAUCUCUCCCCAAAGCUAUCAAACUCUGGCUGUCUUCGACUGA